ACGGAAUCUUCUUUGAGUUAGUGGUACAACGUCAGUACAUAUACCGCUUAAUGUAGUAUUAUCUCGCGAGUAUAGGUUCUAGUUCAAAACGCAGAUUCACUUAAACAGAGCAAAUGAAGUUGAUAUCGCUCAUAUCAGGAGGCAAAGAUAGCAUCUACAGUAUCGUACUUGCCCAAAAUCAGGGACAUGAAGUAAUUAUGCUUGGACAUUUAGCACCAAAGCAUAAUGAAAAUGAAUUAGACAGUUUCAUGUACCAAACUAUAGGGCAUAACAUAGUUCCUGCAAUAGCACAGUGCCUAGAUAUACCAUUAAUUGAACGACGAAUAAUAGGAACACCAGUAGUUACAGAUUCACUGGAUUAUGUACCAAAAGAAGAAGAUGAAGUAGAAGAUUUAUAUAAACUUGUUUCAGAAGCAUUGGAAACUAGGAACGAUAUAGAAGGGAUAUUAACAGGAGCUAUCGCAUCGCAGUAUCAACUACAGAGAGUAGCCAACGUGGCAAAAAGACUUGGGCUCAAAACAGUAGAGCCACUUUGGGGACGUGAACAAACCGAACUGUUGCAAGAGAUGAUACAGAACAAUAUGGAUGCCAUUGUCAUUAAAACAUGCUCAAUGGGACUUAACAGAGAACAUCUAGGGAAAAGUAUUAAAGAGCUUUAUCCAGAAUUUAUACGCAUUAGAGAUAAAUAUGGAUUCAAUGUAUGCGGAGAAGGAGGAGAGUUCGAAAGCCUGGUACUCGACUGCCCAGCAUAUAAAACUAAAAUCGCAAUCACCGAAUAUGAAUGUAUAGUACAUUCAGAUGAUCCAUUCGCACCGACACUGCUAUACGUUCCACUAAAGUGGGAGAUUGUCCCAAAACAUUAGUA